UUCGACGAGUACGACGCGGACAAGAGCGGCUCCAUCGAGGCGCCGGAGCUGAGCAAGCUCCUCUCGCAGCUCACGGGCUCCGAGCCGUCGAACGCGGAGCUGAAGAAGAUGAUGACGGCCGUCGACACGGACGGGUCGGGCGCCAUCGGCUUCGACGAGUUC